AUGAAGGCAGGAAUUGCUGGCUAUCUGAAAUCGUUGAGUCUGGAAGGCUAUAAUGUGUCUCUGGUGGAGAUGCUGCUUUUUGAGCUUACAUUGAGUUUCAGUGGAACAUUAAAGACAAAGGCAGAAGAAGUAAGAUGUACAAUUAAAGUGAGAGCAGCCCGAAGCUCAGGAUCAAACAGAAGUGUGAUUGGAAGUCGCAGAGACUCGGGUCACAAUCUCACAGUCUUCGAGCAGGAAAUGAUGCCAGAAGAAUACUGGAUUGCAAACGUUCCUCCGAGUUCAGAAAAAAAUAGAAACGGGGUAAACCCAGCAGCUGCAGAUGGUCGCACGGAUCCUGUUUUGGAUGAUCUAAGUCAGGCCUUUAAACUAAUGGGAAUCAGCCUUUCAGAACUCGAAGACUAUAUUCACAACCUUGAGCCCAUAGGGUUUGCACAUCAAAUCCCAGCAUUUCCUGUCAGCAAAAACAAUGUGCUUCAGUUCCCUCAGCCUGGAGCCAAGAGUCUUUGUGAAGAGAAGGAGUAUAUUCCAGAAUAUAUGCCACCUCUCAUCUCAUCACAAGAAGAGGAGGAAGAAGAACAGGUCCCCACUGAUGGAGGUACAUCAGCAGAAGCCAUGCAGGUCCCUCUUGAAGAGGAAGAGGAGGAAAUGGAGGAAGAAGAGGCAGUUAAUGAUGAAAACUUUUUGGGCAAAAGACCGUUAGAAAGCCCAGACUCAGUCGAUUUACCAGUUGCAAAGCGAGCCAGAACAGCUGGGUGUAAAACGGACAGCCCUGAUGGUGUUUUGGAACCCAGAGAACCUUUAAGUAUGAUCAAUUCUCAAAGAGUGCCUCCUGUUUUAUCUCCGGUUCCGCCACCAGAUCAUUCUGACUCUCUGCCACUUUCCCCCGAACCUCCAAUGCUUGCACCAAUACCAAAACCAUCGCAACUUUCAACCCCUAAAACUUCAGAUUCAAAAGCAUUCACAUCUAAAGUCAAAUCUAAGAUCUCGUCUUCUUCUGUACAGAAGCCCAAAUCCCCAAAAGGAGCUCAGUUGGCACUUUUGGGGAGCCCCAUUCGUUCUCCAAAAGCUUCUUUGAAAACGGAAAAAAAAUCACCGAUGCGCACAAAAAGUCCCAAAAGCCCCAAAAGUCCAAAAGUACCACCAAAUGUUUCUCAUUCCACAACCAAGAACGAAACACCAAACAGAACACCUUUGUCUGUCUGUAAUUCUGGGCCUGAAAAACUCGGUAAAGAAAACAUUCAAACAAAGCAGUCACAUCCAGCGAUUGAAGUGGAGAAACCAAAUGUUUCAGAUACAUCUCCAAAAAAGUUGCCAGUGCCUGAUAAGAGUAUUGAUGACUCUAUCAAUGCUGUUAUAGCUCGUGCUUGUGCUGAGCGUGAGCCCGACCCCUUUGAGUUUUCCUCAGGUUCAGAAUCAGAAGGAGAAAUCUUCACUAGCCCCAGAAGACUUACUAUUUCAGAAUCAUCAACCCCACGGAUAUUUUCCCUAUCUAGCAGCUUUAGCAGGGGCAGUGCAACCCCUGUGUCAUCAUCCGCCCCAACAACUAGCACAAAUGUGUCAUGGACAUUGGAUGAUUCCAUCAAUGAAGUUGUUAGGAAGGCAAGCAUGGGCACACCCCCCUCUGUUCCUGCAUCAAUUCCUUACCUGUCUUCCCCAUCUGCUUCUCCACCUACUCCAGAACCCCUCCUUAAACUCUACGAAGAACGUACAAGGCACACGUCUUCAUCUGAUGUGAAGAAAAAGCUGAAGAAAGAAAUUAAGAUGAAAAUCAAGAAAAAGGAAAAAGAAAAGCUGAAAGAGAAGGAUAAAGAGAAAAAGGAAAAGGGUAAAGACAAAGAGAAAAACAAGGAAAAGGAGGCCAACAAAGAGUCCAAAGUUUUUAAGGAAAUUCCGAAAGACCAUGAGAUGGAUCCAUUUAAAUUUAGAAUUAAAGAUGAUAUAAAGGCAAAACAUAAGGAUGGGAACUUUAAAAAGGACAAAGAAAAGCACAAGGAAAAGAAGAAAGAGAAAGAAAAGGGUAAGAAGGAUAAAGAAAAGAAUAAAGACAAAGAUAAACAUAAAGUUAAGAAUCCUUUAGCACCACUCCCGUUUGUUCCAAAAGAACCCCUGUUCAGUACCCCGAGCAGCGUUAGGAGUCCGUCUGUCUUGCCUACAGUGCCUCCUAUGGUUCCAGAAAGACUAUUCGAAGAGAAAUCUAAAGAAAAGGACAAGAAGAAAGACAAAAAGGAAAAAAAGAAAAAGAAGGAUAAGGACAAGGACAGGAUGAAGGAAAAGGAGAAAAAAGAGAAAGAAAAGAAGGAGAAGGAAAAGGAAAAAGAGAAAGAGAAAGAUAAGCAUAAACAUGAAAAGGCAAAACCUGAAACAAAUAUACCAGCUCCCUCUCCUGUUAUUCCAAGGCUUACGCUGAGAGUUGGUGCUGGUCAGGAUAAGAUUGUCAUCAGCAAGGUGGUCCCAGUCGCAGAGGCGAAGCCAUCACCUCCGGCAGGUCACCCAAAGACUCCACCACCUCCGUCGCCAGCACCUCCGCCAAUUCACAUAGCUCCAGCUCUCACACCAGCUCCCCUUCCUCCACCCACAGCAGUUCCAUCUCCAGUUCCUGCUCUUCCUGCUGUGUCUCCUGCAGCUACUUGUUCUGCCGCGGGAGCUUCAAAGACACCAGUCAGAAGUGUGGUUACAGAGACUGUCAGUACCUACGUGAUCCGUGACGAAUGGGGGAACCAGAUCUGGAUCUGUCCGGGCUGCAACAAACCAGACGAUGGCAGCCCGAUGAUCGGGUGUGAUGACUGUGAUGAUUGGUACCAUUGGCCGUGUGUUGGAAUCACUGCCGCACCUCCUGAUGAAGUACAGUGGUUUUGCCCCAAGUGCAUCAACAAGAAGAAGGAGAAAAAACAUAAGCGAAAGAAAUCUCGAGCCCAUUAAGAGGGUUUUCAAACUACGUACCCUUUUAUAUUUUGCAGCAGGUUCUUCCUUUUUGAUUCCAUUUCUUUGAAAGGACAACGAUGGUGAUGAAUUGUGUAAAUCCGAGACCUGAAUAAGUGGCUUUGUACAGUGCAGUAAAUAAAAAAUUUGCUCAAAUUCCACCCAUUUCUAGGAAAAGGCUGGAGAAUGAACCCCUUUGUUAGCCUUUUUGUGUAAUUAAUUGUAUACUUUUAAAAUGAAAGUUUGUAUUAUACACCACAAUCAUUUUUUGCAUUCUGUACGGACUCAUCAUCCUCUUAGUUAUGCUUGUAAUAUAUUUUAUCUUCCCUGCUCAGAACCCUCAUUGCUUUAACCAACAGUGGCAUGGUGAUUGUAACCAAAAUAGUGGAUUGCUAAGGUUUAUUAAGAGAAUAAAUUACAUUUUUAAAAAAAAAUCUGUACUGGGAAGUAAUGUAUUUGUGAUGCUUUUAAGAAAUGAAUGGAUUGUAACACAUGCCUUCAGAAUUUCAAUUGGUACGUUGCUUUCAAAGAACUUCAUUUCCAGAGCACCAGAAUCCUCCAAAAAAGAUGAAUAACUGUAAAAUAAAUAUUCCUCCUAAGAA